UAUUUUUUCCCCGCUACACUCUCACCUCACACCAACCGCUGGCUCCUUUACUCUGCGAUCAAGGAACUACAACCUACGAGCGGACCUGUUUGUUCAUGGGGUGCAGUGACAGCCGCCAUAGCAGUAGUCCCAUUUUCCAACAGGAAGAAGAAGUGCACCAGCAGCAGCAGCAUCACGACCCCAACCUCUGGCAGCAGCAGCAACUUACUACGCAGCUAGUGCAACAAUGCAGCAGCAUCAGCUCCAACACCCGCACCUCCACCGCCCACAACACAGACAACAAUCAUCCAUUUCAGGCUAUUGCGGGAACAGCAGCAGUGACGAGGACGACGACAUCACGGCCUUCGAUUCUUCAACAGCCGUCUUUCAAGACAACUUGUCCCUGGACGCGCUCACCGAUAUCCAGCCGCUGGACCACGGUGGAUUUUGCAUCGUGUGCUCGUGUACGUACAACGGCGUUCAGAGAGCCGUGCUCAAAAUACCCAAACCGCAGGGGCCCAACAGCGCGGCGGCUGAUCUGCUGGCCGAGAUAGCAAUCUAUAAGCGCAUCUCAGCACGAGGCGGUCAUCCAAACAUUGCCGCCGCGCUGGGUGCUGGGUUCACGUCUCGAGGCGAGCCUUUCCUUGUCCUGGAGCGUCUCGAGGGGGGCAGCCUUGCCGGAGCUAUCGAGAGCAGCCGAACGCUGGGUGGCGAUGCCGCUGACGGAGGGGCGUGGGUUGAUCUCGUCACGCGUCUACCCGUGGCGCUCGAGCUAGCUGAUGCCCUGCAGUACUUGCACCGCGAUGCUCUCCCGGGCUUUAUUCUUCACCGAGAUCUCAAACCAACAAAUAUCGGGCUCUGCGCCGAGGGGCACGUGAAGGUGUUCGACUUUGGGCUUUCCGUGGUGCAAGAGGUUCGGAGAGGAAACUUGAACCAGAAAUACCAGAUGUCGGGCAUGGCCGGCAGCAAGCGUUUCAUGAGCCCAGAGGUUUGCAAGGGCCUCCCGUACAACGAGAAGGUCGACGUUUACUCAUUCGCCAUUGUGCUCUGGGAGAUUUGCACCCUCCGAAAGCCGUUCGCCGGAAUGAGUGUGGCCGACCACUACCGAGAGGUCAUCACCGGCGGCUUGAGGCCGCCGCUGGACCCCCGAUGGCCGGGCGCUCUCCAACACCUCCUGCAGGCUUGCUGGCACGAGGACCCGGAUCGACGGCCGUCGAUCUCGGAGGCCAGGGAUGUCUUGCAGCAAAUUUUCCUGGCUGGGGGUGGGUGGGAUAUUUGAUAAGCCUAAUACUAGUUCAGCACCACCACCCUACUGUCUCUACAUAUCCAUAUUUAUCUUAAAAAGAGGGUGGUGUUUGCCCUGUGACUUCGAACCGCGAUUGAUUCAAGGAGAGAUUUAGGGGCGGUUUCACUCGUACGUGCUUGCCGGCUGACUGCCUAUUUAUGUUAUGUAGAUCAUGCAUGUAAAGACUUGUGUGUUGCCUCGUGUGUUCGACGGAAUAUUACGUACGCCGUUUAGUGGCUGUGACCUGUUGACCACCGAUUAGAUACUAUUGUCGUGAUUUAUCUUGUGUGUUUGUUAGGGGGGUUGAUUGUUUGUGUUUGUUGGUAUCGCAGUGGCAACUGCUUCUCUCUUGAUCAUGUGUACGCUGCUGUUGUGCCAUCAGAAUUGUACAUAGUGUGCAAUGGUGGUCCAUUGCGCAGUUAGUUGCGCAUCAGCUACCGGAGUUCAAAAAAAGGAAGACCCUUUCGCGCGUGUUUUUGUUUUGUGCAUUCAUCGAUCGACGCUUUGGGGGGAAGAGGAAUCGCACCAACUCAUUUCGGUCUUGCUGUAUACGGGAAGUAGUGCAUAAUGCGCGCGCGCGGCUGGGGGGGCUGAUAGAUUGUAUCCAGAAUUUAGGUUCAUGCACAUGCAGCCUGGCAACAACGUGGUGUGUUGAGAGACAGAGAAGGAGAACGAAAGAAAGCGAUGUCGUGUGUGACAAAGAAGGGAACGCGAUGGAAUGCGAGCUCCCGCAAGGUUUGUCUUGGGUGAUGCGGUGCUUCCACUUUCUCGAUCCGCCGGGUGUCAUUUUUCGGGUGUCCUGCCUCCGGCCGUCUCGUUGGCUUAAUAUGGAGAAAGUAUCCAGGGAGUGAUAAAAGAGGUGUGCGCCAGUAGAGGCGAUAGCUGACUUAUGUUAGUUGUGGCUUUUUUCGAACGAGGUGCGGGAGGAAGCCGACGCUAUCUCGAUAUGGGAAAGCAUAACAAGCGUAAUCGUCGGCCGCGUCAGUAAGCAAUUGUGUUUCGGAUGUUUGUCUGGUGUCAGAAGAAUACUCUGUGUGACAUAUGAGCGCCUCACGCUGUAAUUUCCUUACUCGUCCCGUUGCUAGUAAAAGUCGUGCGUGUGUGAUAAUGUUGCGUGCCAGAUUAUAGUGUCGCUGAAAAUAUGAUCGAGCGCGUAUGGGUCCAGGGGUGUUUUGUACUGCUGGUGGAGGAAAGCAUUGUACUGUUGUCUCUCUCUGUCUGAGUAGUUACUGUGGAGCUAGUUGACGAAUCAAAUAUACGUACCGUAUGCGCAGAAAGCGCGGCCGGAUAGAUUGUAUCGCCGUGUUCACGAGAGCUCUGUCCGGAGUGACGUCUGUCUUCUCAGGUCACCCCAAGAGAAGAUUUUUUUCCAGCAUACAUGCACGCAGCUGCAUGCCGCCUAUUCAACCUGGCGUUGUACCCACUGCUAGCAGUCUGGUGCGCACCUAUCGCGGGGU